AUGUACCGAUCGUCAGUGGCCCACGGUCGCUGCACUGCUGAGAUCCGGCCGUUCCAGGAUUGCUCAUCCGCUAACCCUCGUCCAGCGUCCAGUCGCCUGGCUCCAUUCCCAUUCCAUUUUCCCACUUCCAUUCCUCCUCUCUCACUUCUCACUUCAUCCACCAAACAAAGCUCCCUCCCGUCUCACGUUGAACCAUUCAUUCUCCUUCCUUUGACCCGACCCGUCUGUACGCAACUGGUCCCCUUUCGUGUCUCUGGCACCUCUGGCACACACUACCGUCUCCCAUUGUUGGCGGCCCGAAAUAAUACCGCACCGCAUUGCCAAGCACACAACGCACACAGCCACCAUCCCUCCGCUCGUUUCUUUACAAACAUCGACUCUCUUGUCCCUCUUGACAAAUCCUUCAUCAACCGCGGAGGACAAGAAGAAAAAAUUCAUUCUCCCGCCAAUCAAGUGCCCGUCACAACCAUUGUCCCCUUUGCCGACCGCAACAAGCUGCCCGCCUGCGCCGUCUCCUGCAAAGCCCUCUACGACGCCAACGCCAACUGCGUGCCGCCCAUCAUCCCGUCGGGUCCCGUCUCCGGCUACGAGUCGUGCUUUUGCAUCAACCAAAAUGUCGCCGCCCUCUCCACCGCCACGGACGCCGUCUGCAACGACGUUUGCUCCGCCGAAUCGGGCGGCCAGGCCUCAGUCGCCAGCUGGUUUGGCAGCCUCUGCCACGUUUCUGCCACUGGCGGCACUACUAAGACUACCACCACCACAAAGGGCUCUACCUCGGGAAGUACUGGCUCCGGCAGCAGCAAUAAGAGUGGCGACUGGAUCUCCAACCACUGGCAAUGGGUCAUUAUGCUGGUAGUCCUCAUCGUCGUAAUCGCUGGCGUUUGGAUCGGCGCCUGCAUCUGGCGCCGCCGUUACCUCCGCCGCAAGGAUCGCCAGACCUCGCUCGGCCAGAAGCAGUCGGGCUCCGCCUCCCGCCCCUCUUGGGGCCCCGGCGCCGCCGUCGCUGCCGGCGUGCGUGCCUCCGACUCGGCCGUUCCCAUGACCUACUCGAACAACCCCGAGGCCGCUUACCCCAGUUUUGAGUCGGCCGAGAAGCCCAAGCAAAAGAAGAAGUGGACCGUCACCUCGAGGACGUGA